ACGGAGUUAAGGAGUCCGUGGAGAUCUCCUGAGCUCCACACACUCACGGAAACUCAACCGCAGCUACUUCCGCCCACACUAAAGAUGGCGGCUCCCUUCAUGGAGAAAUUAGCCGAAUAUUUAGGUUCUCCCGAACCGGCGGUUCGAUUGAUUUUGUCAGUCUUAUCAGGUUAUCCCUUCGCACUGGUGUACCGGUGUUUUUUCUUUCAUCAGUCUGCAACAGUUAUUCAUCUCUUCCACACAUUCUCCGGGCUUGCACUGGCCACGUUUAAUUUUGGGUCUCAGGUCUAUCACUCCUUCUUAUGCAUACUCAUUCAGUUCUUGUUGCUGAGGCUGAUGGGAAGGACAGUCACAUGCCUUUUGAGUAGCUUUAUCUUUCAGAUGAUAUAUCUGUUGAUGGGUUAUUACUACACAGCUACAGAGGAGUAUGACAUCAAGUGGACCAUGCCUCACUGUGUCCUCACGCUCAAACUCAUCGGUUUGGCGUUUGAUUACUAUGAUGGUGGAAAAGAACAAUCUCAGAUGAGCACAGACCAAAAGAAGUCUGCCCUCACCUCUACGCCGUCUUUGUUGGAGGUCUUUGGUUUCUCAUAUUUCUAUGGAGGAUUCUUAGUAGGGCCUCAGUUCACACUGCGAAAUUACCAGAAGCUGGUGUCUCGAGAGAUGACCGAUGUCCCCGGACAACCACCCAACAGUGUGGUUCCAUCAUUGAAGCGAUUUGGUUUAGGUCUGAUCACCCUAGCUAUCUUUACAAUAGGCGGGCCGUAUUACUCCGAUAGCUACUACUUGACAGAUGAGUUUGAGGCACAUCCGUUCUGGUACAAGUGUGUGUACAUCCUACUGUGGGUGAAGAUAAACCUGUAUAAGUACAUCAGCUGCUGGCUAAUCACGGAAGGUGUGUGCGUACUCUCCGGGCUGGGUUACAAUGGGAAGAAUGAAAAAGGGGAGCACCAAUGGGAUGCCUGUGCAAAUGUGAGGGUGUGGCUAUUUGAGACCACGCCCCUUUUCACAGGCACCAUCAAUUCCUUCAACAUCAACACAAAUGCUUGGGUGGCCAGGCAUGUGUUUAAGAGGUUGAAGUUUUUGGGUAACAAGUUGUUAUCUCAAAUGUUCACAUUGUUAUUCCUGGCGAUCUGGCACGGCUUGCACUCAGGGUACCUCAUCUGCUUCUCCUUGGAGUUCAUCAUUGUCAAUGUGGAGAAGCAGGCUCAGUCACUGGUGCGGGACAGCCCUCUGCUGACAUCUAUUGCUCAAGGUCCUUUGUAUCCAUUUGUAUAUGUAGUACAGCAGUUAAUUCACUGGCUAUUUAUGGGGUACCCUCUGGUACCAUUCUGCCUCUUCACUUACGACAAGUGGCUCAAGGUUUACUCCUCUAUAUAUUUCUGCGGUCACAUCUUUUUCUUUGUUGCCUUUCUCAUCCUGCCAUACCUCCGCAAGGUCUUCGUGCCUCGAAAAAGAGGCAGUGAGAAAAAGGAGGAUUAAUUAAAAUGGUUUGUUUGUGGCCGUCUAAGUUUGACUGAAGUGAACUGUGACUUUUAAGGAGCACCUGAAGAAGACAAAUUUUAAGGCCUUUAGUAAUAUAUUAUUAUUUACAUACAGCACUGAUGUAUGUGUACAAACGUUAGUCCGUUGGAAAGUUCUUCUCAUUCUUUGGGAGUUGUGGUGGACUGUAACGAAAAAGGUGUAAAGCUGCAGAAAUGUAAGGAUUUCUGAGGUUUGAAAUUCGUUAAAUAAGACUUACUGAUGUUUGGUGGCUGACAAUAAUUAUACUGUAUCUGCUCAUACCAUUGCACUCAUUACUCAGUAAUGCUCUCAUUUCCUGUUUCCUGUCUAAUCAGAGAGCUGUCGCUGAGAUCACGUGUGUACUUUUAGAGGGGACACAGAGAAUGCCUUUGAAAGAUGGAAACAAAUGAGAUGUUUUAUUUUCCUUUGCUAGGAAUAUUUCAACCUCACUUGCCCUUGAAAAGACAAUGAAAUGUGAAACACAAAUGUAGGAGUGAACUAACUGAGCAUAGCCUGGCAUUACAAAUGAAUGUUUUUCAUUUUUAUAACCGUUUUGUUUUUGUGAUCAGACGACUUCUGAUGAUUCUUCUUCUUUUUUUUUUUUUUUUUUAGGAGUUUUUAUAGCUUGUUCAACAAAGGAUCAUCAUUCUGUCAUCUCAUCCUC